AUGGCAUCACCAAACACAAACCUAGAGAAAAAAGGGGUAUUUGGUAGAGCAUGGGAACGGUUAAAGGCCUUGCCUAAAGCUCUUAAGGAGAAGGUAUUGGGUAUUUGUAGGUUGACAAAAGAGAUAGCCCAAGAUGACCCUAGAAAAGUGAUUCAUUCACUAAAAGUGGGGCUUGCAAUCUCCCUGGUUUCUCUAUUCUAUUACUAUCAACCUCUAUAUGAGAAUUUUGGCCUUUCAGCAAUGUGGGCUGUGAUGACUGUGGUGGUGGUUUUUGAAUACACAGUUGGAGCCACUCUAGGCAAAGGUUUGAAUAGGACAAUUGCAACGCUGGCGGCUGGUGCGCUUGGUGUUGCAGCUCAUUACUUAGCUAGCCUAUCUGGAGAUACAGGGGAACCCAUAUUGAUUGGCGUGUUUGUCUUCAUACAAGCUGCUAUAGCAUCAUUUAUAAGAUUUUUUCCGAAAGUGAAGGCAAGAUAUGACUACGGGAUGCUUAUAUUUAUCUUGACAUUCUCUUUGAUAUCUGUAUCUGGGUUUCGAGAUGAUGAAGUACUAUUAAUGGCACACAAGAGGCUAUCAACCAUUUUUAUAGGGGGUUCGGCUUGUGUGAUGAUUUCCAUUUUUGUUUGUCCUGUGUGGGCCGGUGAAGAGUUCCACUAUUCAAUUGCUAACAAGUUAGAAAUACUUGGAGACUUCUUAGAAGCGUUUGUACGUGAAUACUUCAAAAUAUCAAAAGAAGGGGAAUCUAUAGACAACAAAGAUGGAGAUUCUGAAGACAAGAAGUCGUUUUUAGAAGGUUACAAAAAGGUUCUCAAUUCUAAAAGUAGUGAUGACUCUCUGGCCAAUUUUGCAAGGUGGGAACCAGGUCAUGGCAAGUUUAAAUUUCGUCAUCCUUGGAACCUAUACCUCAACAUUGGUGGCCUUUCUCGCCAAUGUGCAUAUCGAAUGGAAGCCCUUAAUGCACACCUCAAUUCUGAUAUCCAAGGAUCCCAAGAAAUUCGUUUUACAGUCCAAGAGCUCUGCUCAAAAAUGUGUUUGGAAUCUAGCAAAGCUUUGAAGGAACUAGGAUCAUCAAUCAGGGCAAUGACCAAGCCAUCCUCUUCUGAUAUUAAUCUUGCAAACGCAAAAGAUGCAGUCAAGAACCUCAAGUCAUUGCUCCAAUCAAGCUUAUGGAAAGAAACAGACCUUUUAUCAAUUAUUCCAGUUGUGACAGUGGCUUCACUAUUAAUUGAUAUUGUGGAUUUCACAGAGAAAAUAGCAGAUUCGGUUAAUGAUCUUGCCAACCUCACACAUUUUGAUACUGUAGAUACAGAUAAAUACCCCAAAACAUCACAAUCUUCACAAUGUGAAUGUGUUGAAUCGGGUCCCAAAAGUGAUAACCUCCAACUCGUUAUUCUAGUUGAGGAAUCAGCACUAGUUGUGUCAGAUAGUGAAAAAUCAACAUCUGAUGAACAUAACAUAGUUUGA